GGUGGAUUUACUGGGACUCAGACAGACAGCAGACCGGCUGUCCCAAGCUGCGCUGAUCCUUCACUCUCCGGCACCAAAGCUGGAGUCCGCCUGCUGCCACCUGCCUCUCCGAGAAUAACGCGGCGGCAUCACAAAAAGCACACAGCAGAUUAUUAUUAUAGUAUUUAAACUAAUAAUAAAAAAGCGAGGAGGCGACGUCUCGUGCCGGAUUUCUCGGGGGGCAUCCACUCCCUUUCCACUCGUGUCCUGUGGGAGGACGGACGGGCUGCGCGCAGGACGCGCUUGACGACCGGAGGUUUGUUGUCGUUACCAGGAGCAGAGCGCACAGCCAGCAGAGCAGAGCCGGUACAGCUCUCCUCUAAACCGGGCUGCCUCCCCCUCCUCAGAGGAACCACUUGCAUGGAUGCACCAUGGCCACGUUUGUCUGCAGGGUUCAGUUUUUAGAUGACACCGAUCCGUUCAACAGCACCAAUUUCCCAGAACCGACCAGACCGCCGCUGUACACCUUCAGAGAGGAUAUCCCCCUCAUCAACCAGCUCGCAGGCGUCCACCGGCUCCUCAGAGCUCCACACAAGCUCGAUGACUGUGCACUUCAGCUCUCCCACAAUGGAACCUAUCUGGAUCUGGAGUCCUCUCUGGCUGAGCAGAGGGACGAGCUGGAGGGCUUUCAGCAGGAUGACACAGGUACCAGAGGGAAGAAGCAUAGCGUUAUUUUGCGGACCCAGCUGACCGUCCGUGUGCACGCCUGCAUCGAAAGACUGUAUAACUCCAAUGGACGUGACUUGAGAAGGGCACUGUUCUCUCUAAAGCAGAUUUUUCAGGACGACAAAGACCUGGUGCAUGAGUUUGUGAUAGCCGAGGGUCUGACAUGUCUCAUCAAGGUGGGAGCAGAAGCUGACCAGAACUACCAGAACUACAUAUUAAGAGCUCUGGGGCAGAUCAUGCUAUAUGUAGAUGGGAUGAACGGUGUCAUUGGCCACCCUGAGACAAUCCAGUGGCUCUACACUCUUGCUGGCUCAAAGUUCCGUCUGGUGGUGAAAACAGCCCUGAAGCUGCUGCUGGUGUUUGUGGAGUACUCAGAGUCCAACGCCCCGCUGCUGAUACAAGCCAUCACCUCUGUGGACACCAAGAGAGACUGCAAGCCAUGGUCCAAUGCUAUGGAGAUUUUGCAUGAGAAGGAUGGAGUGGACACAGAACUGCUGGUCUAUGCCAUGACCCUCAUCAAUAAGACGCUUUCAGCACUGCCUGAUCAGGAUUCCUUCUAUGAUAUGGUGGAUAUUCUGGAGGAACAAGGCAUAGAGACAGUUUCCCAAAGACACCUGGGCCGGAAAGGCACUGAUCUUGACUUGGUCGAGCAGCUCAACAUCUAUGAGAUGACCCUACGCCAUGAAGACGGCGAUGACGACAGCCACCCUCCACCAAUGGGACGCCGGGACCGCCGGAGAGCCAGCCUCGGGGGUGGGGACAAAAAGCGUGGCCUGGAGAGGAGGCGAAGCCGCCGGGCUUCUCUUGGACGAUCUGGUCACGCCUCCCCCUGCAGCCCUGCAUCCCCACAGAGGGCCGGCUUCCAGCCUUUCAAUGGACACAGAGCUGAGGACGCAAGCGAGAGAGCACUGUCAGGUUGCCUUCCAUCCAUAGAGGAGGAAUGUGAGGUUGGCAUAGAGGAGGAAGAAGAGGAAGAGGAGACUCCUGUGACUGAGUCUGAUUCGGAUGAGCAGGAGGGGGCUAAUCAGACCACCCCCAGGUAUUUUAGGACAUGCCCGGCUCGACCUUUUCCACCCAUCGUUCACAGAACAACCCUACAGUCCAUCACCAUCACCUCCAGAAAGGAGCAUGUAAAAGAGGAUGAGCAGAGGAAUCGGACAGAACCACCUCCGGCACCCGCCUCCCCCUCCUCCACCCCCACUUCCUCCUCCCCUCUCAGCCCCCCCGCACAACCUUCCCUGCUGGCCACGCUGCUGGCCAGGAAAAGGUCUACCGUCACUGUCCCAGCCACCACAGAGGUCAGUCCGCCCUCGCGGGGCAGCUCCCGUCCCUCUCCCGAUCACCUGCCCUACCUGCCCCACACGCCCUUCCACCUCUUCUCAUACGAUCUCGACGAGGAGCCGUCACCCUCGGCUCCAGCUAAACCCAGCGAGGAACCGCCCAAAACGACGUCUCCCAGGAAUGGAGGUCUUAUGUCCUACUCCUCUCUCAGCACCCCAAAUACACCUACCAGCCCAAGACCUGCUUUGGGAGGUCUUCUAUCGUCGUCGUACCGACAACACCAGGAAUCACUGGCGGCCGAGCGAGAGCGCCGUCGUGUGGAGAGAGAGGAGAGACUGCAGAAGAUAGAAAGAGAGGAGAGGAACAAGCACAGCCGUGACUAUGUGGAUAAAAUGGAAGAGGCCAGGCUUGCGCGGGAGGAGAGGUAUAAGAACGUGGAACGUCUGGCGGCGGAAGAGUACGAGAGGGAUCGCGUCCGAGUGUCAAGGACUCGCCCUGACCUCAAUCUGACCUUUGAACCAUCGGAGGCUUGGCCCUCAUCAUCGCGUAGCAGCACCCCGUCCUCCUUCGCAUCCCAGGAGGACACAGAGGCGGAUCUUGAAGCAGAGACUCCCGCCACUCCCUACACUCCCUCUGAGACUGGAGAAGCUGAUGACUCCAGUGCCAGUGUAGAAACAGAGGAAAAGGAGGAAGAAGCCACUGCUGAGGAGGAGGAAGAACAGAAGGAAGAAGAAGAAGAGGAAGAAGAGGAAGUGCAGGAGGGAGCGGCAGAAGAAAAGGAGGAAGAAGUCGAGGAACGCGAGGAGGAAGCAGAGAAGGAGAGAGAGGAGGCGGAGGAGGACAGCGGCAUCCUCAGCGACAAGGAACGGCAGAAUGAGGAAGUGAACGAGAAGGACAACUGCUCGGCCUCCAGCAUCUCCUCUGCCAGCAGCACUCUGGAGAGGGAGGAGAGGGGGAGCACCGAGAAUGGCUUGAAGGAGGCAGAGGUGAAUGAGAAGUGCAACAAACUCCUCAACAGCAAACUCUUCAUGCUGGACAUGUUGUACUCCCAGAACAAGAAGCCCAGUGACGAGGAGGAGGAGGAAGACGAUGUGGAGAAGGAGAACGAGAAAGGAGAGGGGGAGGACAAAGAGGCACAGCAGGACGCUAAAGGAGAACUGGACGGUGACCAGGAGAACAGCCACAAGGAUGACAAGUCAGACCAUCACGGGAGCAUCCGUCCAUUUGCUGAGCGGUUUGGAAACUUGAUCAAGGAGCUUAGUCCAACCCACCCUCACCUGGACAGCCCAGCCAACGAGCCGCCUCCUCCACCGCCCAAAAAGGAGUCCGACACGAUCUGGGACCAGCUCCUGGCCACCCCUCGAGAGCUGCGCAUCGGGGACAUCAACUUCACCGACCUGACGGAGGACGACGACAAGGACAUUCUGGAUGCUGUUUCAAUGGGAGGAUGCGGCGAACUCCCGCCUCCCCCACCUCCUCCACCCUUUAUCCCCCGCUUCCCUCCACCCCCACCCAUACUAGGCAGUUGCCCUCCGCCCCCUCCCUUAAUUGGCAUCAUGAGGCCUCCGCCCCCUCCUUCCUCCUUCCCAAUUCCAGUGCCCCCUCCCCCAGAGCCGCCGCUUUUCAACAAAAAGAAGAAGACGGUCAGGCUCUUCUGGAGUGAGGUGCGUCCGGCUGACAGCCAGUACAGGGACUACAAGCGCAGUGGGGACUCAUUCUGGUCCAAACUGGAACCAGUAAAGUUGGACACUGCCAAAUUGGAGCACCUGUUUGAGACGAAAUCAAAGGAAAUGCCAGUUACAAAGAAAACAGCAGCUGAUGGCAAACGUCAGGAGAUAAUUGUUUUGGAUUCCAAGAGAAGCAACGCCAUCAACAUCGGCCUGACGGUUCUGCCUCCGCCUCGCACCAUCAAAACCGCCAUCCUGAACUUUGACGAGUACGCGCUCAACAAGGAGGGCAUAGAGAAAAUCCUAACGAUGAUCCCCACGGAGGAGGAGAAGCAGAAGAUCCAGGAGGCCCAGCUGGCCAACCCUGAUGUCCCUCUGGGCUCUGCAGAGCAGUUUCUCCUCACUCUGUCCUCCAUCAGUGAGCUUUCUGCCAGACUGCAGCUCUGGGCCUUCAAAAUGGACUACGAAGCAACAGAGAAGGAAGUAGCAGAGCCACUGCAGGAUCUAAAGGAAGGUAUGGAGCAGCUGGAGAAGAACAAAACUCUUCGCUACAUCCUCUCUACGCUGCUCUCAAUCGGAAACUUCCUCAACGGCACCAAUGCUAAAGGCUUUGAGCUGACGUAUUUGGAGAAGGUUCCAGAGGUGAAGGAUACAGUCCAUAAGCAGUCUCUGCUCCAUCACGCCUGCUCUGUGGUGGUGGAAAACUUCCCUCAGAGCACCGACCUCUACUCCGAGAUCGGAGCCAUCACGAGAUCUGCAAAAGUGGACUUUGACCAGCUGCAGGAGAACUUAAACCAGAUGGAGCGGCGCUGCAAAGCCUCAUGGGACCACCUGAAGGUGAUCGCCAAGCACGAGAUGAAGCCGCAGCUGAAGCAGAAGAUGUCGGAUUUCCUCAAAGACUGUGCUGAAAGAAUCAUCAUCCUCAAGAUUGUUCACCGCAGGAUCAUCAACAGGUUCCAUUCGUUCCUGUUGUUCCUCGGUCACCCAGCCUACAGUGUGAGAGAGAUCAGCGUCCACAGGUUCAGUAAAAUCCUCAGUGAGUUUGCGCUGGAGUACCGAACCACCCGAGACCGUGUCCUGCAGCAGAAACAGAAACGGGCCGACCAUCGCGAACGCAACAAGACCCGAGGAAAGAUGAUCGUGGAUGUCAACGCUCCUUCUGAUGAUGAAGAGGAGCGUGAGGUUUCUGCAAGUGUGCUGGGUGGUCGAUAUGGCUCGAGCAGCAGCAACAGCGCCCCCAGCUGUAGCCAAGAGAGUGAGCAGCCUCAGGGUCUGGACCACGCUGAGGACGCUGCAGAACAUGAGGUGAUGAAAGCGGUGCUGAGAACCAGCCUCAGCGGUGGUGACAAGGAGGGCAGCGGGGUGCCGGGCCUCCGGACACGGACCAGAUCACGGCCAGGACGAGGAGGUCGCACUGUGCAGGCCUGGACACCACCUGUCGAGGACACUCAGAUCUGUGGAGAUGAUGCAGCAGACGAAAUCAUGGAGCGCAUAGUGAGGUCGGCCACUCAGGGUCCAGGAACCAGAGCGCAGCCCCGAGAGAGGAGGAGGUCCAGAGCCAACCGCAAAUCAUUGAGGCGGACUCUGAAAAAUGGUCUGACACCAGAAGAAGCUCUUGCUUUGGGGCUAACCGAUUCUCCAGACACAUAAAACAUGUCCUCGCUGCUGCGGAAACACAGCUGUAAAUGUCGGUGCGACGUCUCUGUCAGCCUUUGCCACACUAUAGUGCUGUAUUCCACCAGCCACGGGCCCCUGUAGGUUUUUGCCAGCUGCUAAUUUUGCCCAAUGUUACUGAGUGAAGAAGCUUUUUGUAUUCAAUACAACAAAAAUCUUCCAGGAGAAACCGUGGAGGUGAAGAAAGAAUGCACUCCAUAAGGUCUGAUGCGUCCAAUUUGGCAAGGAAAACAAAUUUGUAUUUCAGUGAUGCUGCCUCUACACUGAAUUGUAACAAUUUGUUAUGUAUCUAAACAUAUUUUCAAUGUUGCAUUAGUCCGAAGGGAUUUUUACUUGUGAGUUUCUGCAGCUGUGAGUUCACCAUUUGUCAUUUAUUUAAGCUGUGAAUUUUGGUAAGUAAAGAUUAACGGGCGACAGAGGAAUUUCAAUUUGUGCUUACACAGUUUCAAAGGAUCCGAAGAGAUCGCACAGACAAAGAAGCUUAGUAAGAAUUAUUCAAAGUGAAGGUGUAGCUGUGUUUUGUAGGAAUGUGAAAGGUUUCCAAUCUGAUGAGUGCCUUUCAUUAAAAAGGGACAGUGAUGUACCUUUUUACCAUCUCUCUCUGUAUAUUCACCUCCUACGUCUCAAAUGACUCACACACGUCACCUUCUCGGCUGUAUUUACAAUACAGUUAAACUUCUCAGUAUUUAUUUGCAAAGCUCUGACAUCUUGCACCUUAAUUAACGUAAAUAGUCUGAAAUAAACGACAGAUUGAAAACAGAAAAAAGGAAGUUUGUAUCUCUGUAAAGUGUAAAAAGACAAAAAGAUAUGGACAUUUUUUUUAAAUUUUAAUAAUCUAUUUUGAAGGAUUUCGAUGUGUAAAUGCCCUCGUCAGCUGCCAGGUACUAAAUACUGUAGUUCUACAGUGUGCAUGUUUAGUGCGGUUCAUGUUAUGUAUUAUUUUUGUAAUUUCUGUAGAAACUUGUAUUAUAGUUUGACAAAAAAAAAGGAACAAAAGAGGCUUUUUUUUCUGUGAAUGGUAAUUAAAAAGAAAAUUCAUGACAGAUGUGGUUAUAGCAGAAAUCUUUGUUUUUAACAUGUUGCUCCUUGCUGAGAGCAGCAUUUGGACGUUUGAUUUGAACUCUGGUCAUGUUGUACUUUGUAUGAACUUGAACAAGUCAUGUAACAGUGUGGUAAACGUGCGCCCAGGCUGAAGUGUCCACUCCUCUCACAGUACAGCAAGAACUGGGAAACGUCGCUGCAUAAAUAUCAUGUAGUGAGCUGAACAUGAAACUGUGGUUACAAACACUCUCACUUGAAAUGCUGUGUAUACACGUUCUGCAAUAAAAAAACAAACUAUUGAAUGAAAAAA